AUGGAACAACAUACGUCGGGGAAUCGCGAGUCCCGGGCCCGGCCGAGAGAGCGGGACCCAGACCGGCACCCCCGCCCGGACCGAGAACGCCACCCCGAGAGACAGCGGGACAGAGCCGGGGACCGGCGCAGGGAGAGAAACGGGGGCGGGCGGAAGGACGAGGACCGGGAUAGGGGGAGGGACCGGGAACCCCGCCAGGACAGAUACAGGGCCGGGGACCAUCGUGGCGGUGAACAAAGAGUUUGGGAACAAUCCCGCCAGAGUCGGACGCGGGACGGACCCCGGCGGCCGACCUGGGACGCGGCCCCGCCCCUCUGGCCCGCGCCUUGGGAAACCGCGGAGCCACCGCCCCUGCGGAAGGAGGGCCUCGGACGCCGAGGACCAGAAAGUGAGCCCACUUCAGGGAGAUAUCCGCUUUCGACCCCCAGGCCUGGAGUACAGGAAGUGGAAUAUUACCAGUCAGAGGCGGAAGGGCUCCUGGAAUGCCACAAGUGCAGAUACCUGUGCACCGCGAGAGGUGUGAUACAGAUAGUGGAGGUGAUACUGAAUGGGAUGGUUCUCAUGUGUAUCGUGGCCUCCUACUUUGUCCUUGCUGGAUUCAGUGCCAGCUUUGCCAGCGGCGGUGGCUUUGGGAAUGGCUAUUACUCACCGUUUGAGGGCACUGAGCUGGAGCAGGUUCGGCAGCUGGACCAGCAGUACACGAUCCUCCGGGCGCCCCUGAUAUACAGCGGCGUGGCUGUUUCUCUGGGGCUGGGUGUCCUCACCUUGGGUGUUUUACUCCAAGGAGCCAAGAGUCUAAACAAACUGCCGGGGAAGUGGCUCCUCUUUGAGGCCGCCUUCAGCCUCCUCGCGGCAUUGGGCUACUGCGUAGGCAUCGGCCUUUACCUCCACGCGGCCUUGCGGAUCAAUGCCACAGACACCUGCAGGACAAGAGAGAGGGUCUAUGCCCGCAGGGGUCUCACCUGGAUGAACUGCCAGCUGGCAGGCACUGAUGGAGCAGCAGCCACCUUUGCUUGUCUUCUGGUGGUGAUGUAUGGCGCCAGCGUGGUGCUGGCCCUGCGGAGCUACCGAGAACAGAAGCACUACAAGGACAGCCAAGAACAGCACAGCAAUUAUAAUGAUGCACCAGAAUACCUGUGGUCUGGGAUACUCUGA